AUGGCAGGCCGGGGAAGGUACAGCAAGUCCCAUGAUUGGGAUCCAAUGCGAGAAGACUAUGAUGAUAAAAACUAUGACCAACAAUAUCCUGAUGAUGAAGUCAAUGGCGAGGUGCAAUUAGAUCACUGUAAGCUAUAUGUCAAGAACAUAUCGAAAGCUUUAAGCGAAGAUGGUUUGCGCGCUGUCUUCGAGAAGUACGCGUCUAAUGUGAAGGUCUUCAUGAGUAGGGACCCUCUAAAGAGAUACGCGAUAGUCACCUUCGAAACACCAGGGGAAGCUAAGCUGGCUAUGAUGAAACUCAACAAGACUGAACCAUUGAAGUUGAUUAUCAGUGUGGCGCAUAAGUUUGAAGUGAUGAUAGAUUUUAUGGAGAGGAAUGGUGACUUAAAUAAGCCAAGCGAUGGCCCUAGCGGCAGGCUAAGGGCCGUUGACAAGUGGCAAGAGUUAGCGAAUGCGCUCAACUUGGACACGACGGGGACUUCCAAGCCGGUAGAAAAGUGGAAAAAGGUGUGGAGUGACCUUAAAAAUAACACUAAGCGGAAGGCUUCUAAAAUUCACCGAGCUGCAGGUGGCACAGGUGGUGGGCCAGUCUCUAAAUUAAUUUUAACUGACCAGGAGCAGCGAGUCCUUAGCAUCAUAGGACCCCAGGCUGCAACUGGUCUAGUUUCAGUGCAAGAAGUUGGACCACCUGAGCCACCCGUAGCAUCAAAUUUGGGCCUUCUGCCAGUAGCAGUGUCACCCACACCAAUGGAGCAAGUUGUCCAAGUUGAGAGCAUUAUUGAAGAGUGGAACAAGCCUGGGGAAGGUGGUCAAUCAGUAAGCACGUUCCACACUGAUAUGGUGGAUAAUAGUGCCAUCUCCCCCACAACACACCACGCCAUCAGCCCUCAACGGCACACCGCACCGCGACGCGCGAUCAGUGGGCGCCGCCGCUUGCUACGUUCGCCGGCACCAGCGCCCCCUCAUAGUCGUCGUGUUCCUCGGAGGCACUUUAAUGCCACCGAGCAAUUUUUAAACAGCGACGAGCACUGGCGGAAUUUGGCAACACAGUUUGUCACUGAGCAUGUAAGGCUGCGAGAAAGAGAGCUGCAACAACGAGAGGUGGAGCUCCAGCAGCAGUCUCAGUGGCAAACUCUGUUUGCCAAAUUAAUUAAUUUAGGGGAAAUUAUAGCAAAUAAAAUAAAUAGUAAA